GUUUCUCUCUCACUCCAUCUCCAUCAAUCCUUCUUUCUUGUUUCUCCAGUCCCCAUGCACUUGCAUUCUCACACACACUCUCAUGAUACUAAUAUAAGGCGACACACCCCACAGCCUCUCUCCCCCUCUCUCUCACUACACCAUCUUUCUUCUGCAAAUGAGAGAUGCAAGUUCCAAUGGAGAUUCUCCACCUAAUUCUGCUAACUCCAUUGAUGUUGUUGAUGCAGCCACUUCUUGCAGAAGAUGAUCCCCUCUCCUACGCCCUCUUAAACUUAAAAUACGAGAUUCUUGAUCACUCCAACACCUUGAGUGACUGGUCUCUCCCCUCUCAACCCCACCCCUCCCCCCAAAUCCACGCCUGCUCAUGGACCGGCGUCAAAUGCAACCACAACUCCACCAAAAUCACAGCUUUAGACCUCUCGAUGAAGAAUCUUGGCGGCUCCCUCUCCGGAAAGCAGUUCAAUCUCUUCGUCGAUCUCGUCGAUCUCAACCUCAGCCACAACUCCUUCUCAGGCAAACUCCCACCUGGGAUCUUCCACCUCAAAGGCCUCACAUCAUUAGACAUAAGCAGGAACAAUUUCUCUGGUGUUUUCCCACCUGGGAUUUCUAAUCUUACCAAUCUUGUUGUUCUUGAUGCCUUCAGCAACAGCUUCUCUGGGGCCCUCCCCCGAGAUGUUGCAAGCCUUGAUUCCCUCGAAAUCUUGAAUUUUGCAGGGAGUUAUUUCAGUGGGCCGAUACCAUCAGAGUAUGGAUCCUUCAAAUCGAUCCAAUUCAUUCAUUUGGCUGGGAAUUUUCUCAAUGGAAACAUACCUCCUGAGCUGGGGAAGCUCAAGACGGUUUCUCAUAUGGAGAUUGGUUACAACUUAUAUGAAGGGGGGAUUCCGUGGCAGUUUGGGAAUAUGAGUGAGCUCACCUAUCUUGACAUUGCAGAUUGCAAGCUCUCAGGCCCCAUCCCAUCCCAACUCAGCAACCUCACCAAGCUUGAAUCCCUUUUCCUCUUUAGGAAUAUGUUGAGUGGUAAGAUUGCAUGGGAGCUCAGCAGAAUCUGGAACCUCAAAAGCUUGGAUCUUUCAGAUAAUAUGCUCUCUGGGCCGAUCCCAGACAGUUUUUCUGAGCUGAAAAACCUCAAAUUGCUGAGCUUGAUGUAUAAUGAGAUGUCUGGCUCUGUCCCUGAUGGCAUUGCUAAGCUUCCACAGCUUGAUACUCUCCUAAUAUGGAGCAAUUACUUCACUGGCUCACUGCCUGAGGAUUUAGGCAGGUUUUCCAAGCUGCAACAUGUCGAUGUUUCAACUAAUUUGUUUGUGGGAAACAUUCCUGCUGGUAUCUGUGCUGGAGGGGAGCUGGCGAAGCUGAUUCUGUUUACGAAUAAUUUCACCGGAGGGCUGUCUCCAUCUCUCUCAAAUUGUUCGUCUCUGGUUCGCCUACGACUUGAAGACAACCGGUUUUCAGGUGAAAUCUCUCUGCAUUUUGGGAAUUUUCCUGAUGUUUCAUAUGUGGACUUGUCAACGAAUUUGUUUGUAGGAGGUCUUCCAUCUGAUAUUGAUCAAGCUUUAAAGCUUGAGUAUUUCAAUGCGUCUGGUAAUCCACAUCUAGGCGGCGUAGUUCCAAUGAAUUUAUGGUCAUUGCCUAAUUUGCAGAACUUUUCCAUGGUUUCCUGUGGUGUGUCUGGGAAUAUCCCUCCAUUUGAAGGGUGUAAAUCUGUUGUUGUAAUUGAAUUGGGAAUGAAUAAUUUAUCUGGAAAUGUUCAAGAAAGUGUGUCUAAUUGUAAGCAGCUUGUGGUUAUGGAUUUAGCUAGUAAUAAUUUGAGUGGCUCAAUACCUAUGGAGCUUGCUACUCUCCCUGCUCUCACCAUAUUAGACCUUUCACACAAUGCUUUAACUGGCUCCAUCCCAGCCAAAUUUGGGGUCUCUUCGAGUUUGAGGCUUCUUAACGUGUCCUAUAAUGAUAUCUCGGGUGCAAUCCCUUCUAACAACACGUUCAAGAUGAUGGACGAGAGCGCGUUUGUUGGCAAUCCGAAGCUCUGUGGGGCGCCCCUGAGACCAUGCCCUAGUGGGAAUGGGAUCUCGAACGGGCUCCAGCUUGGGAGCAGGAGAGCUCAGAAGCUGGCUUGGGUUCUCAUAUUAUGUGCAGUGACUGCUUUGUUCAUCAUGGCUGCAGUUUUCGGGAUAGUUUACUUGAGAAGAGGGAGUAAAGGGCAGUGGAAAGUGGUUGCUUUUGAUGGGCUUCCUCAGUUCACAGCAAAUGAUGUUUUGAGGAGCUUUAACUGUGUUGAAGCCACGGCUUUGCCAGACUCAAUCUGCAAAGUGGUUCUGCCCACGGGGAUCACUGUCUCAGCUAAGAAGAUCGAGUGGGAGGCGAAGGAGAUGAAGGAGAUGUUGCAGUUUUUGACUAGGAUUGGUGAUACUAGGCAUGCGAAUUUGACAAGAUUGCUUGGUAUUUGCUACAACAAUCAGCUUGCUUAUUUGUUGUAUGACUAUAUGCCUAAUGGAAACCUAGCCGAGAAGAUUGGGAUGAGCAGAGAUUGGGAGGCCAAGUGCAGGAUUAUUCAUGGAGUUGCAAAGGCUUUGUGCUUCCUUCAUCAUGACUGCUUUCCUGCUAUCCCGCAUGGGAAUCUCAAGGCGAGGAACGUGCUUCUUGAUGAAAACAUGGAGCCCCGUUUGUCCGAGUUUGGACUCAGUUCAAUAGUUGAAUCAGUAGAAAAUCCCCUACCGGCAAAGAUUAGAAAAGAGACAGGUGGUUUCAUAACAUCGAUAAGGGACGAACUGGACAUGGAUGUGUACAACUUCGGGGAGCUGAUUCUCGAGGUCUUAACAAAUGGGAAAGUGGGGAAUGCAUCACAGAGCCUUCAAAGGGAGGAUCUGAUGACGCUAGUUGGAGAUGACAACGGCAUUGCUCCCUCCUCACCGUUGCACGAGGCAAUGAAGUCGGUCGUUGAGGUUGCGCUUCUCUGCACGAGGAGUAUCCCAUCUCAUAGGCCUACUAUGCAAGAUGCAAUCAAGCUCUUGCCAGGGCCAAAAACCAGAGGGCGUCACUAGGUUUCGCCAUUUUCAGUUUUCGACUUGUAAAUAGAGUUGAUUUCUGCUGUUUUUGGCUGUGUUGAUAAGUGCUACUUCUGGUUGUGUCAAAUAACAUAUUGCUGUUGUAAGGUAGAGAAUCUAAGGGUUUUCUUUUUAGUUUGUAAAAUUUUUGGCUGUUUUUUUGGUGUUCAAUUUUUGAUGGAUUGUCUUAUGUGAGGUGAGGAAUGAUGAUUUUCUGCAGUGUCUUGAUGCCGCA